AUGAUCCAAUCACUCUUCCUCCAAAUCUUGUUUACGACGCUCGCUCUCGGAGCUCCCCUUUCGGGCGGCGAAUUCCACGCCGAGAGCAACGCCAUCGGCUACGGCACAGGCGGUGGGAUCGUCGGCUUGAUUGUUCUGGUCCUUGAUGUGCUGGUCUUUAUCGAGGUUCUGAAAUCGAACCGUCCUCCCCUCCACAAGCUGCUGUGGUGCUUGGUUGUGUUCCUGUUCCCCAUUGUCGGAAUGCUCAUCUACUUUCUGUUCUCGAACCGCGAGGCGCAUAAGUCGGGUGGUGCAUACGAGCCUUUGCCGUAA